GGCCUCGUAUCGAAUUUCAUAUAAAGCGUGGUUAGUUUGUCUAUUUUCGAAUGGCUCUCUUGUUACAAUGCCGAAAGUUGAAGUAUCGAAGUAUUUUGAAGGAAAUGCAUCUAUGAAUGACCAGUCUUUUGCUGGAAAGGCGGAAGAUUUUGCAACGAAGUUUAAAGUUCCGAUUGCCUUUCUAUCGGCUCUUCUCCUGAUCACUGCUCUUCUUGUGCUGUUAUACCUUGCUCUGAAACGGGAUUUAUUCAAAUGCCAAGAAUCUCGAAAUAAAGAAGACGAAGAGGAGGGGGGUCUUGAGAAUAUUUUGCAGAACGAGGAGAUUAACUGUAAAGAUAUCCAAAAUGAAGCAUCUGCUGAUGACUUCUAUCAAGUAGAUAAGGAUGGUGAUUUUUACGUCGGGGAUCUUGAAUUUGAAAACAACAUUUGUCAAAAGAAGGACAAUAGAUCUGACAUAGAAGCAGAAGAUGACAGAAGCGAAAACACAGAUUUAAAAGAAAGGCACGAAGAGAUACCGUCCGUUUCUGAUUUGGGCUCUUCGAGGGAAAAUGCAUUAAUGCAAGAAGAUACAGGAGUUACGGACUCGUUUGAAGAAAGAAAAAGUUUAGAUGAUACAGUAACAACAUCAUCUUUUGUUUCAAAUAAACCAGGAAGUUCUCUCUCAUUAAAAAAGGUAUUAGGGAAAAUCAAAAGACCAAAAAGGCAAUCAAACACACAGCAGCAUAAUACUUGUGAAGAAUAUCCACUGGUUACCAAUGAUAGUUUCUAUGGCAGUAUACGCUCUUUAACAAGAGAAGACUCGUACGCUAGUUCUUAUGCAAGUGCGAAUAGCAUUUUAAGUACAUCUACAAAAAGCGAAAUCAAAACCAAGGGUGGACAAAUCCAGCUUGCUGCAAGAUAUGACGAGGAAACGUGUACUGUUGAAGUAGCAGUUAAACAGGGGAAAUAUUUUACCUCUCUAGGUGAAGGUCGAACCUACUGGCAAACGCAUGUAACUUUUCUGCCUCAUAAAAAGCACAAAUUCAGGACAAAAUUCAAACCAACCUCGACGCCUAUUUUUAAAGAAGUUUUCAAAGUAGAAGACAUUCCGGUGCAAAUUCUGUUCCAGUUAAGUAUCCGUUUUAGAGUCUAUGGGAAGUUAGGAAAAACAGGGAUGAAAAAGUUUAUUGGCGAGACUGUUUUUAAUCUUGAUCGUCUGGAAGAAGAUUCGCUUGACGAGUGGAAAGUUGACUGGUUCGAUUUGGCGAUUCCUAACUCAGGUUCAAAACAAAUUGUUUAAUGUUUCUACAUCAGCUGAAGACAUGGCAUCAUCUUUUGAAAGAGUCUUUGUCACAUUGGGUGCUUUGCGAUUACUUCUAAAAAAACUGCAUCGAAGGGUAUGUUUAGCCUGAUAGCUUGUUCAUGCCGUAUCAGUAUCAUCUUGCACAGAAAUGAAAAGGAGUUUGACAAGAAAUCUUAAAAAGAAAGCUCGCGAGAACUUGAAUUCUUAUAUGUCAUUUCUCGAUAACCAGUCAUUCCGUUGACGUGGCCAAUCAUCACGUGAUACUAAAAGCUGGAUAUUUAAAGUAAUUCUUGCUGAAAUAUUAUAAAAACUCAUUCUAAUUGAAAUUAAAAGGAAAAUAUUAUUCAUGACCAGCUAUUUAAGUGUAUAGCGAAAGAACUUAUAAUAUAUAAGCCCAUGGGGUGUGUAUAUUGUUCGAGAAAAGGAGGUUACGGUAUCACAACACAAUAAAGAACAGUUAGCCUCAUUAUGCACAAAAUUGUCGGUCUGCCUGCUGUUAUUUAAAGACGGUGUUGCCAUUAAUUUGACUUUGAGUCGAGUUGAUAUUAAUUACCAGAUAUCAUAUCAAGGUGUAAGUUUUAGAAAAAUUAAUUUUUGCAUCAAAGCACUCCUUCAAAACUGAUUGUACCGGCUUCUACCAAUAUCUGCGAAUCACAAAAAAGUAUACAGGACCCAGGCCUCUUCUCUAUUUUAGCUGGUGUGCACCACUUGGCUCCUAAUAAUGUUGCAAACACUCAACUAUUACAUAUUUGAGUAUAUCUUCGUAUUUACAACUCUUUUGUACCUUGCCUAAGCACCUUAUGUAGUGUUCUUGUCAAACAAUUUUCGCUACUAUAUUCUCUCCACCUUAGUAGUACGAUGUUUAUACUUUAGUAAGUUGGCACUCGUACAGAGAACUCCGAGAUUGAAAAAUAGAUCAGACGAGAUGGGCUCGAGAAUCAUCUCUCUAGGAAGUAACUUGAAUUUUUGUGUUUUACUUCGGAUAUUCUUAGCUUCAAUCAGUAAAAGUUUCAAAUGAGUAUGUUAAGUUUGUAUUUAUGUGUAUUGGUAAAAAUUUAUAUUUUCCCAAGGA